GGGCAUUGAAUAUUUUAACACACUUAUUUCACCCCCAAAAUAUUGCUACUUCCCCACUUCAUUUUCACUCCCCCACACUCUCUGUGUCACAAGCCGCAACUUCCAUAUCCCCAAAUUACCCCUCCGUACACUCCGUUCACACUCUCUCAUGGCGGAUGACGAUCGGAGACCACACGAACAACCGUCGAACUCCGCCAGAAGAAGCGUCAAGAGGAAGCUGAACGAUGAUUUUGUCGUAGAUCGGCGGGUUGUUUCUCCAGAAGAUGUAAUUCGUGCUCAUGUUGAAGUACUGCAGCGUUGUUUUGAUUCAGUUGAUGCAGAUCGAGCGCUAGUUAAACGCUCUGUUGAUGGUUUAUGUGAGCUCGCUAAGGACGAGGACAAUGUGAACUUGAUCGUCGAAUCUGGUGCGGUUCCUGUGCUGGUGCAGUAUCUUCAAGAGCCACAGUUGAUGCCGCAUGAAGAUGUUACUCGCUUUAGGCCAUAUGAGCAUGAGGUGGAGAAAGGAUGCGCGUUUACUCUUGGACUUCUUGCGAUAAAGCCUGAGCAUCAACAAAGUAUAGUUGAUGCUGGAGCCCUACCUCACCUUGUUGCUAUGCUUAAAAGACACAAAAGUGGUCAAAAUUCUAGAGCAGUCAAUGGUGUCAUAAGGAAAGCAGCUGAUGCAAUCACCAACCUUGCUCAUGAGAAUGGCAACAUCAAGACCCUUGUGAGGUUUGAAGGUGGCAUUCCUCCUCUUGUUGAAUUAUUAGAAUCCGCUGAUAUAAAAGUGCAAAGAGCUGCAGCAGGAGCCUUACGCACACUUGCUUUCAAAAAUGAUGAAAACAAAACUCAGAUAGUGGGUUGUAAUGCUCUGCCCACCCUUGUUCUAAUGCUCCAGUCAGAAGAUGUAGGCUUACACUUUGAAGCAGUUGGUGUGAUUGGCAAUCUUGUUCACUCAUCCCCAAAUAUAAAGAAGGAAGUUCUUCUUGCUGGAGCAUUGCAACCUGUAAUUGAAUUGCUUAGUUCGACUUGUUCUGAGAGCCAACGAGAAGCUGCCUUGCUUCUUGGACAAUUUGCUGCUGCUGAUACAGACUGCAAGGUACACAUAGUUCAAAGAGGUGCUGUUGGUCCGCUAAUCGAGAUGUUGCAGUCUUCAGAGGCUCAGCUAAAGGAAAUGUCAGCCUUUGCGCUUGGGAGGUUGGCACAGGACACUCACAACCAAGCUGGCAUUGCUCAUGGUGGUGGCAUUGCUCCACUACUAAAACUUCUAGAUUCGAGAAACGGAACUUUGCAACACAAUGGCGCCUUUGCUUUAUAUGGUCUCGUAGAUAAUGAGGAUAAUGUGGCUGAUUUUAUAAGAGUUGGUGGUGUUCAAAAACUGCUGGAUGGUGACUUUAUUCUUCAACCAACUCGGGAUUGUGUAGCAAAGAUGUUGAAAAGAUUAGAGGAGAAGAUUCAAGGAAGGGUAUUGAGGCGAUUGUUAUACCUAAUGCUUAAUGCUGAUAAAAUCAUUCAAAGACGGGUUUCUUUAGCUCUUGCUCAUCUCUGUUCUCCCAAUGACCAGAAAACAAUAUUUGUUGAUAACAAUGGUAUAGAAUUACUUUUGGAGCUUUUGGAAUCAGUCCAUUCAAAGCUUCGGGGAUACGCUUGUGCGGCUUUAUGUAAAUUGGCUGAAAAGACGUCUUCACUUUCUUCUGUUGAUGCAGGACCCUCAUCUCCAAUAUCCCAGGUAUAUUUGGGUGAGCAGUAUGUGAACAACCCUACACUUUCUGAUAUAACUUUCUUAAUCGAAGGCAAACGCUUCUACGCUCAUAGAAUCUGUCUUCUUGCUUCUUCUGAUGCAUUUCGGGCCAUGUUUGAUGGUGGUUACAGGGAGAAGGAUGCUAAAGACAUUAAUAUCCCGAAUAUUAGUUGGGAAACAUUUGAGUUGAUGAUGAGGUACAUAUACUCUGGAUCAGUAGAGAUAAGUUCAAGAGUAGCCCAUGAUCUUCUUAAAGCUGCUGAUCAGUAUCUUCUAGACGGGUUGAAGCGUCUUUGUGAGUAUACCAUUGCACAGGAUAUAACGGCGGACAAUGUAGAGCUUAUGUAUGACUUAUCAGAGGCCUUCAACGCCGUUUCACUAAGGAAUGCCUGCAUUUUGUUUGUGUUGGAACACUUCCACAAAUUAGAUCCAGAACCAUGGUAUGGGAGUCUGGUGCACCGCAUUUUGUCUGAGAUAAGAAAUUGCUUUGUGAAGAGGCUCACCGCACAGUGAAAACCGAUUUCUUGGAAUGGACAUUGACAUACAAAGAGAUGUAUAGAAAGUGAUUAGUUUUUGUUGAAGAAACGGUUAGAGGAUCUUACUGUCGGUAGACGGUAGUUAUGCUGAACUAGACCUUGAAGUAUGAACUGGUUUAAUCUUUUGCUAUACUGAUCAGAUAUCUUACUUUCAAAACUAACUGUUUAGAUUAAACACAAGUAAUUACAAACAA